UAAAGGGGAGCUGCGGGCACUUUUCUAUCGGCAGAGGUGGUGGAGUAGCCAGAGAUUGUACUCAAGUAAGAAGAACACCUCUUCAGGACACAACAGUCAACUGUGUGUUUGUGCUGAAGAGUUGUGUGAAGGCUUGUUGAAAGCUUCAAGAGCCUAGUUCAGAAAAAACAAAAAAACAUUUGUUUUGCAGUUGUGCUUCAACAGACGUGGAGUUAAAUGUGCAUAGUCCAACAAUGGAUCACAGUAGAAUCGUAUGUUAUAGAGAUAAAUACCAAAGUUUUUUGUUCAAACAGCUCUGCUGAGGCUGUAGCUCAGUGGUAGAACUUCUGACUUGUAAUCAAAAGGUCUCCGGUUUGAUUCAAUGAGCCCUUGGCCUUGGCCCAUUUUUGUAUUUUUUUUCUUUCACAAAAGCGUAAAAAGACCAGAAAACAAGACCAGAUUCCACCUGCAAAACCUUUUUUGAUAUUGUUUUUCAGUUUGCUCUGCCAGCAUAGAAACUGGUGGGCUGUACUUUCUCAGAAAGGAUUUUAACAAAAGUUAAAGUCCAUCUGUGGCUCAGAAGAAAGUCCUGUCCAUUGUAGAUAAGCCCCAGUACACAGUGUGCACAGCAUCAGCAGCAGACAGGGAGCCUCCUGUCCUGCUCCACACAGAGGCUCCUCCACCUGCCGUAUGUGUGUACAGUGCAUCCCUGUACCUGACGAGUGCUAGAGACUGGCCUGCAAAUCUACAAUGAAGAAGAAACAUUUUCUAUUUUGCUGCUGUCGAGUUUUGAAUUUCCUUCACAGUCAACAGUGUUGAUCUGUCUGAUCUGUCUAUCAGUGGACUGUGAUAUGCUACUAUGUUGCUGGAGGAGGCGGCAGCACUGGCUCACAUGUGGCUCUGUCCCGUGCUCUCUGACGACACCGACUUCUUCAUCUUCCCCCUGAGCGGAGGAAUGCUGCCCACUACACACUUCAGGUGGCGUCAGGUGCUGCAGUGUGGUGCUAGGAGAUACAUUCCCUGUAAGAGGUACUUCUCCUCUUGGUUCUGUGAGGUGAACCAGAUGAGCCCUCAGCUCCUGCCCGUCUUUGCAGUUUUAGCAGGAAACGACUACCUGAAGAAGCCGGUGUGGACUGGAGACUUGAGCUCUCUGCUCCAGUGGAUCAGGAACCUGGCUGUGGUGGAUCCUCAGGAGGUGUUGAAGGCAGCUCUGGAGGUGAGGAGGAAGCUUCAGUCGGAGGAGAAGCUGAGGAGUCUCAUGGAAGUGUCCCGUCACUACGACCUCCCCCCCAGUCCUCUGAGUGCCUACUUCUGUGAGGGCACCACACCACCGCUGCCCCCGCAGAUGGUGGGCAAGGUCCCUGAUUGGAUGAGAGUCCCAGUGACUAACGCCCAGUUCAGCUCAGACUUCCUGGAUGUGGUGACCUCACAGCGAGUGGGUCUGAGCGUGGUGGUGGACCAUAAGGACAAACCCAGUGCUAACCUGGUCUCUCUGCCCCUGAGGAGGGUGAUGUACGGGCUGCUGCUGGGGAGGGACAGACCCCUGACUGUGGAGGAACGUGACAGAGAUGGACUGGACGUCCAAUACAACAAGGUCCAACCAGAGGAGGUCCCAUUCUGCAUCAAGUCUCUAGAGCAGAAAACAGAGGAGCAGCGGCGUCAGGUGCUACUGGACGCCCUGGGACUGGACCCACAGUUCCACACGUCACUGCCCUCUCACCUGUCUCACCUGACGCUCCCGAUGGCCGCCACCUGCUAUUGGCUAAAGAAGGCCACGCCCCCUCCGCACCUGUCACUGCUGAAGGCCCUGCUGAUUGGCUGGUGCAAAGGUGGUGACCUCAGAUCAAAAGCAGCCGAGGACCCAGAUUCGAGGCAGAGUUUGGACUUGGACUGGUGUCACUGGCUGAAUGAAUGGCAGUCAUGUUUCAGAGAGAGUUUUCUCCUGAAUCAGCUGCUCAGAGCGCCUCUCCCACAGCCGCCCAUUGCACAGUUGUACAGUGGAACGCUGCUUCAUGUUCUGCUUCACAAAAUGAAGACAGGGCGACUGGAGAACUUUGUCCCUCCUGACUCGUGCAGUGGAGAAGAUUACUGCGCUCUGCUCGCCAUCGCACAGACGCACGCAGAAAAGACAGACAAUGGACCUUCUGCGCCAGCACCUAUUGCUCCUGGACUCACUUCUCCUGAGGACUUAAAUAGACCUGCUUCAUCUGGACCUGCUUCUCCUGGGGGAUUCAGAAGUUUCAAUGGAUCCGCUUCUCCUGAGGGUUCAAAAAGAUCAGCUUCAUCUGGACCCGUUUCUCGUAGAUCGUCUGCUCCUGGACACCUCAGUGGUCUCACUUCUUUUGAGGACUUGAACAGACCCGCUUCAUUUGGACCUGCCUCUCGUGGGGGCCUCAGAGGUUUCAAAGGACCUACUUCUCCUGAGGACUUAAACAGACCUGCUUCAUCUAGACCUGCUUCUCCUAGACCUUGUGCUCUUAGACCUAUCGCUCUAGGACCUUCUGCUCCUAGACACCUCAAUGGACUCAUUUAUUCUGAGGACUUAAAUAGACCUGCUGCUCUUGGAUCUGCUUCUCCUGGACACUUUAAGGGAACCUCUGCUCCUGGAUGUUUGAAUGGAGGGUUAGGGUUAGGUCCUCAUAGACCCAGUGCUCCUGGAAUCUUCAGAGGUUUCAGUGGAGCCACCUUUCCUAGAAAUUUCAAAGGUCCUGCUUCUCCACGACACUUCAAUGGACAUUCUGCUCCUCGACAAUUCUGUGGACCCACUGUUUCACCUUUUUUCUACAAUGUUUCUGGAGUUUUCAGAACCUUCAAUGGACCCUCUCCUCGUGGACACCUGAAUGGACUCGAUGCUAUGGCAGGUGUUUCUGGAGAUUCCAGGGCAAUCAAUGAACCCUUUGCUACUGGACCCUCUGCUCCUCAAGGUUUCAGAAGCUUCUAUGGACCUGCUCCUCCUGCACACAUCAGUGGAGCCCCUGUUCCAACAACUUUCUGUCACAUUCGUAGAGGAUUCGGUGGACCGGCUGCUCCUGGAAGUUUCAGAGGAUUCAGUGGACCUUCUGCACAUGGAGGGUACAAUGGAGCUUCUUCUCCUGGAGACCAACCUCCAGUACCAUCUCAGCCACAAUGCGAACUCUCUGCAGGGUCACAGAAGAGGUCUCUGCCAUGGGAACAUUCUGAACUGCCAAAGAAGAAGAGGCUCACAGAAGUGGAAUGAAGGUCUUUUAUUUAUGCUUAGGCCUGUCACAGUUAGUGUUACGAUACUAAAAUUUCAAACUCGAUUUCAAUACUAAGGAAUAGACUCGAUUCUCAAUACAGAUUCUGAUACAACACUGCUAAUAAAACACACUCUGUAUUUAGACAAUAUACUGUGAUUUUCAACAUUAAAUGGUAAUACUUUCUUUUCUAUUCCCAUGUGACUUAUAUGUGUGUAAUCCUCAGUGGUCCACGUAGGUUCCAUAGUGUCCAUGGGCGUAUAGUCUCCAGCCACGUUUACAUGAUGUUUUUUAGUUCCGAAUUAACUAUUCUGAAUUAAAAUAUUCUCCUUCGAGUUUACAUGGAAAUAAUAAUUCCAAAUUGAGGUUUAUAUGGAAAAAACGUUAAAUUGUCUUUAUUAAAUUCCUCUCAGUGUCUGGGGGUGAGGAAGGUUCUGAUUGGACAGAGAUACCAACGUAUUGACGUCGACCGGAAGAAAACACACACUUCAGCUGCUACCGGCUUUUCUGUCAUCUCGGUUUGUCGUUACUCCACGGACACAAACAAGAUCCAAUCUUUUUUCUUAAUGGUUCCGAUGAUAAUUGUGCAGCAGCUGGAGAAUUCUCUCAUCACGCCUUACAUCUGUCAGCUGACACUGUUGGGCAAGUUACUUUGAAACUGUAAUGCGUUAUUUAUGAAUUAUUACUGUCAUUUCAGUAAUUCGUUACAUUAUAAUAUUACUGCAUUUAAAAUGGAAAGCAUUACAUUACUAUUACAUUACUUUUAAGUUACUCUCACCAAAAUAACUGUGCGAAGAUGCUAAACUUUUGUGCCGUAUAAUGGACUGAACCAGGACUGAACCGAGUACUGAACCAGGACUAAAUUAGGACGAAACCAAAACUGAACCAGAGCUGAACCAGGACUGAACCACAUCUAAACCAGAACUGAACCAGGACUAAACCACGUCUAAACCAGGACCAAAUCUGGACUAAUCUGGGACUAGGACUUGGAAUCUAAGACCACCCCUGAGAGAACCCCGAGUACGUGGAGCAGGGCGUCUACAAGGUGCGAUCGAGCGUUGGCUGCGGUUCGCCCCGUGGAGCGUAGAGUUCUACUUCGGUCCUUUCACCCACAAUUACCUGACGGUCUACGUGGGUGCGUCUCCAGCAUUUCACCGCUGCUGAUAUCGCAGUCAUUUUAGUGAAUUUGUAUGACCACUUAAAUCCAGGUUAAAAAUGCAUUAUAAUGCACGUUAUUCACAUUUGUACCAAGUAAAAUGUUACAUUUUUUUUCCCUGUAAUGCCGAACAUUACUGCGUUACAGCAAAAAGAAAUGCAUUACAGUAAUUCACAACUUUUAUAACACGUUACUCCCAACACUGUCAGCUGAGGAGGAGAAGGGAAGAGUGUUGGAGAAGGGAGGAAGAAGACAAACUGAGUGUGAGGCUGCUCUACCUCAGCCUACUCCCGCAUCCCGCUCACAAAUCCAAAGAGACCUGGAUCAAAGUCCGAAGCCAGGACUGGUGGAGCCCGAUCGUCCGGAUCAUGUGAGAAGGACGACACAACAAGCAUGAACUCAACCACCGACAUUAUUUUUAACAAGAAUAAACGGUUACAUGAUCCAGGAAUAAAUUCAUUCGGCUUUAAGGUCAGAAUAAACCAGCCACUUACUUAAUAAUCUUUUUUAUUAGGAAUUAAGUGUUUACAUGGUCUUUUUAAAGCAGAAUCAAUCUUUAUUCAGAAUUAAAUAAUUUUUAUUCGGAAUUUAAGCUCUAAUGUAAACGUAGCAUAUGUGCUCUUAUACUUGUUCUGAUACAGCUCGAGAUGAUUUUAUUUAGAAAAGGUUCUGUUCGAUACUAAAACUAAAAGUAGAUCCUCAUUUGAGCAAGUACUGAUACUAAAAAAGUCACAUUCAGAGACAGGCAGAAAUGAAGCUUUCCUGAAUAGUUUUAGAAUGAUGUUGAUCUGGAUCAGAACAAGUAGAAGACACAUAGACUAGUACACACACGGCAAGAAAAUACUAGAAUUUAAUGUUGAAAAUCACAUUCUAUUGUCUAAAUCACAUGUGGCGAGGCCAAGGCCCGCGGGCCACAUCCGGCCCGUCAAGCCAUUUUAUGUGGCCCACAAGGGGUUAAAAGGUAUAAUUUAUUAUUAUGUUGUGACUUUGUGCCACUACUACAUCUCCCACAAUGCACCACAGUUGUCUCCCGUGAAGUGACUGCAUCUCGCCACUAGAGAGGCCGAGAAAACUCAUCAAAUCUCCCCAAAAAUGUCCAAGAAAAGAAAAACUGACGCAGAAGGACAGUUAUUUCAUGAAUGUUACUGAAGGAGUAAUGUGAAUGUUUUAACUUAAACCUUUAAAUCAAAUCCAAUCUACUUUAUUUCUACAGCACAUUUCAUAAACAAAACAGUUUCCCAAGUGCUGCACAGUACAGAUAAAACAUGUCCAAUAGAAAUAUAAAGCUCUACUUAACUCUACUCGUCCUCAUUAAGACAAUAAAACUAGUCAAAUCAAUAAAAAGGUCAAAAACAUAAAAAUUUACAAAAUGAAUAAAUAUGAAAUGAAAAAUCAAAUUGACUUUUACAGAUUUGUAACAUACCGAUAUUACAGUUGGGCCUGGUCAAGCAGAAGUCAACAAGUUCAAAAAUUCAAGUUAAUGCAUCUGAUAUAAAAAUGUAUUGAACAGAUACAUAUGUACUCUAGUUUAUGAAACUGUUGACCUUUUUUCUGUACCAUUUUUGGUUCUAAAGUUCCAUCCGUUUUAAACAAACCAUGUAUGAAACAUGGAACAAAAAUAAUUUCCCAAAUUUCAAAGAUCUGCAAAUCAUGUCAAUAAAUGGAUGUAUUUCAUCAUAUCUUGUGUUAUUCCAUCUUUGAACUGUUGAUGAAGGUACAGGAUUUUUCAAAAAAAAUGUAUUUAAAAUGAUGAUAAUUAAUAAUAAUAAUUGCUUGGAAGGACUGACAUAUUUUACAGAAAUAGUUUCCUUUCAUUUUGAAGUAAUAUUAAAGUAUUCGGAAGAAAAAAGCGACAAAUUAUCUAAAAUCAUGCACCGUCUACUUGCUUGGACAUUUUUCCCUCCGUUACCAUGACCUUUCUUAAUAAAAAAUCUCAUGAGUCAAAAAGUAAGAGGUUUUUCAACCUAAUCUUGUACCAUAUGGUAGAAAACUAUAUGAAGCAAAUAUUCAAACCAGUUUGUUAAGGAUAUGGAAGUGAGAACCAAGAGUUAUCACUGUUUGGAUUUAUUGCCCAAAAAGUGCUGCAUAUUUCAUUCCCUCCGUUACCAACAUGAGUUUUUUAAAUUUUUUGUCAACAACUUGAAAGAAUAUCACAGGUUUAACUUGACCCUGUUGGAGUGUAACUCUUUCCUACAUUCUGAUACUUUACUUAUUUCAAUAGUCCCUCUAGUUUCUGAAAAAGAGACAUUUGAAUGUCAAAAAUCUGACCCUGUUUCCCUCCGUUACCACUUGACCAGACCCAGUUACAGUUGCAGUCUUAAAUUUACAACGGACCCUUUGACGACAAACAUGAUCCAAAUGUGGCCCUUGGUGAAAAUGAGUUUGACACCCCUGGUCUAAAUGUUAUUAUUAUUGCGGUAUCACAAGUCUGUCCCUUAGUACCAAAAUUUGAUAUAUUUCAUUAUUUAGAAUACUUUUUGUGAUUAAUGCUGCUUUAGGAUUAUUGUGUUCAACAUUAUAAUUUCUUGGACUUCAAGUUGUGUUACUGUGACAGCCCUUUUUCUAUGCUUUUAUUUUAUUUUAUUUUUGGUGUCAGGGUUUGGGGGUAUCACCAUUAAAACAACAACACAUGACCAUGUUUUGAAUGGCACUGUGGACUGCUAAAGAGAAUGGCUUUGUGUGUUAGGUUCUUAUGACAUAUUUAUAUGAAACUGAGCUUUGUACUUUUAGCCAUGUUAUAAUGGUUGUCCGUCAUUAUCUAUGUUGUUGUAUUUGUUUAUAGUUGUAUUGAUCAUCCAUUGAUUCAUCUAUGUUGGAGAAUUCCUGUAUUGUCCAGCAUUUCAGAAUUGAGCGCUCAAAAAAAUCCACUUCUCUGUACAUACUUGUGAUUAAUUAUAAAUUUCAGACUCAGGGUCAUACAUGAGGCUUUUAGAAAUGUCUCAUAACUUUUUAUUGUACUUUUUAUUACCUUUUUUGUGUGUAUUUGUGUGUGUGUAUGUUUACUGAA